AUGUCCCAAACUAAGAAUGUGGUUUCCCAGCCCUCACCGGCUGGGACACCCGGGCAGCAGAGCGCUCUAGGCUCGUCAACGCCGCGGCCGAGAGGCCCUCCUUUGCACAAGAUCUACGAGUUGCCUGCUCCUAUACGAACGUUCCCGCUUCCUAGCUUUUAUCCGAAUAAUCCAAUUUCUCUUUUCCACAUCCUCUUCGCAUGGACAAAGCAAACUUUCUUCCCGCCUCCUGCUGAGCCUUCCGUGGUGUACGAGGGUAUCUGGUCUCCCCAAUCCAAGUCUGUUAACGUCGUCGACGAGAAGUCCAUGCGCGCGCUAUGGGAACAGGGGUUCUAUGGCAAGGGCAACCUAAGUCGUAGUGAGCCUAACUGGCUGAAGCGCGAGCAAGUACGCCGUGGGCUGGUACCAGGUCAGGUCAGCGAGUUAGUUACGGCAAGCCGCCGCGAAGAGCGCAGGCAGAUGAAAUGGGAGCGGGCCAAAUCCGAGCAAGAGAUCAUUCGUCAGAGGCGGCUCCAAGAAACGCUGCAAACAACUGGUGCUCCUAUGGAUACAGUAAACGCUACCGAUGUCACCUUUAAUACUCCCAAUGGCCAUGCUCCAGAGGCUCUGGCCGAAGCGAUCUCUUUGCCUGAGCCCAUUGCCCCUAUCGACCUGGAGGCUGGGCCAGAAUCUUCUGUUCAAGCUACAUCCAUCGUGACCAAGGACAAGUCCUUAAUUACACCUACCGAAUCUAAACCGGGUGUUGUGCCUUCUCCGUCUCUCCAACCUGUGUUGGAUUCGCAUGCUGGACUGGUCAAUGUCAUCUCGUGCGCAGUUCAGACGCCUGUUCAACCGCCAAUCUCACCUACGAUCGUCGAGCCUAACGACACCCCCCGAGCAUCUGAGCAGGCCAAGGUCAUUGUCGGAUCCGCCCCAAUCGGUCCAUUAGAGAUCCUUCGUUUACCCAACUCUGACAUCGCUCGGGUGGCGACAGAUGGGCAGGAUGAUCAUGUUGCAAUCAUACCCAAAGACGAUGUUGGAGUUUUGCAUUCGGAGACCAAGAUCAACGUUGAAGGCAUUCACGUGGUUCCAAAUGGAAUGUCCAAGUCAGCGUCGCUGGCUGGCAGCCAUGCAUCAUCGUUCGCUCCAGCCAGUGCUGCGCCUGUCGGACCACUGGAGCUGCUUUGUCUUCCCAAUACACACGCAUCUUCCGUCAACGGAACUUACAUCGACCAAAGCAACGGCACCAAGAGCGUUGUCAAUGGGUUGUCCGUGAAAGUCCAGCCGUCGACAAUCCCUGAUGGCGCCAAGAGUGACCCUAAAAUGAUGACGGGUCACCUGAUCAAUGACUUGAUCGAUGGCGUCAAUGGUGACAAAACUGUUGACAGCACGAGCGUGCCAUACACACUCAAGGCUGGAAGUACUACAGCGACGGAGUUACCAUCGACGCCCAAGCCUUUGAAGCGCCGGAAAAGCGUGCGUUUUUCGCCAAAGGUCGAGUCGGCAACCUAUCAACUGUCCGACCCUCCCAGUCCGAGCUAUGCUCUGCUGAACGGGAAGGCCACACCGCCUCUCAAUGGUACGCCUCUGGGGCCUAGUGUCUUAGAAGCGGAUGAAGAAACAAAUGCACUUGUGGAUAAGCCAAAGACUGCAGACGAUGACAUCUCUUCGGUCUCUGAGCCCACAGAGGUUGUGAACAAGGAGCACCUUCAGCUUACUACUGAAGAAGCAUUCUUCCUGUCCUUCGGCCUUGGCGCUCUUCGCGUUGUUGACCCUACCACAAAAUCACCUAUUCCCACCCCGGAUCUUCUGAACAUAUUCCGGCAAUAUUCGUAUUUUCCCUCCCGUGCGGACUCCGACCUCCAACCCGACGAUGGUUUCCUCGUCAAUUACGCGGUCUACCACCAUUUCCGCUCACUUGGUUGGGUGCCUCGCCCUGGUAUCAAGUUCGGUGUCGACUGGAUGCUUUACGCCAAGGGACCGGUUUUCGACCACGCAGAAUUCGGCGCCAUCAUUCUGCCAUCGUACUCAGACAGAUGGUGGAAAGAGAGCGACCGUCAGCUUCCGCGCAAGACAUGGCACUGGCUUCAUGGGGUGGUUCGUGUACUAUCGCACGUACAGAAGAGCUUGGUCCUUGUCUACGUUGAUGUGCCCCCGCCACCCCAGUUUGAUGAGGCACUGAAGAAAGGGGGGCCUGCGGAGGUUUUUAAAUUGUACAAAAUUCGUGAGGUCAUGGUUAAGCGGUGGUCGAGUAACCGAAACCGGUAA